AUGUUCCCUCUAGCCUUGUCGCCCAGUACACCAGGGGAACCAGGCGAAACAGUCAACAACUCUGAAAUGGAAGAGUGCAGUGAUCUGUUGGAGGAGAAACCAGAGGGGAAUCAAAACUCUAUGGAUGUUUCCAGAAGUAAGAGAAGCAAUGGCCGACUCGAUAGCACCAGUAGCAGCCGGAGCAGCAGUACUGACAGCCUGACUGAUAUUGUCUCAUGUAUCUCAGUUCUCCCAAUUUCACUACCUCAACCUGGCAACAACCUGUCGGAACAGCAGGGGACAUUAUCAUGGUUCAACAGCAACGUCAUCAUUGAAAACCUAGAGAGCACUAAAGUGGCCGUGGCCCAGUUUUGCCAGCAGAGCCGAUCGGACACCGGCAACAGUGGCAGCAGUAAGAUGGCUGUCUCAUCUCUGAUGGAGAAACUCCUGGCUCUGCAGCUGCAACAGAUCCACCAGCUGCAGCUGAUGGAUCAGAUUUGUCACCAGGUCUUACUGUUUGCCUCCCAGAGGUCUGAGGUAGCAGAGUCUCCAACACAGACACCCACCAGCUGCCCUCAGGGUAGUCUAGCAUCAACGCAUGCCAGCCAGCUGACAACUCUCAGUUCUCAUCUAUCCCAGCAGCUAGCUGCAGCCACUGGGUUAGCCCACAGUCUCGCCACUCAGUCUGCCAGCAUCAGUCACUUUAAACAAUUAACAGCAACAGUACAGUUACCGCAGAGCCCCCUUAGUAGCAGCCUUGUGCACUCUAGCACCGAACCCUUACAAAGCAUGGGUAAACUCAUAGCUUCAGCAGUUAGCAAGCACCACUCUAGAAAGAAGUACACUCAUGCUAAUGGUCUGUACCCUCAACUAAAUGUUUCAGCCCAUAGCAAAAUGAACUCACCAGCACUUGGCACAGGUAUCUUGCUAAACCCAUCGAAUAAACCAUGUCUACCUCAGCCACCAUCCAGCAAUCAAACACUCUCUAGCGCUGGACCAAGCAUUGGUGCAAUUGUGGAGGAUGUGAAUGCUUUGACGGCAUUAGCCCAACAAAGGAAAGGCAAACCAACCAACGUGACUUCUUUAGAACGCAAAAUGUCUUCUGAACAGGCUUACUUUAAACACAAAUGCAGGUUUUGCGCUAAGGUAUUUGGGAGUGACAGUGCCAUGCAGAUCCAUUUGCGAUCCCACACUGGGGAAAGGCCAUAUAAGUGCAACAUCUGCGGGAAUCGUUUCUCCACCCGUGGGAACUUGAAGGUACACUUCCAGCGGCACAAAGAGAGGUACCCCCACAUCCAGAUGAACCCUUACCCUGUUCCAGAACACCUUGACAAUAUCCCAACCAGCACAGGAAUCCCUUAUGGCAUGUCUAUGCCACCACAAAAACCAGUCACAUGCUGGCUGGAGAGUAAAUCAUCCCUAGCCACCUUGACUACUUCUGUUGGCCGGUUGCUCCCAACUGUAUCACCCAACUUACCCUUUCUUAUCAAGAAAGAGGAGCAGCCUGUCUCAAUAACCACGCUUUCCAGUCCAGGCGUACGUGAAUCAUCUAGUGCGGUAAAGUCUACCAAGAGUGUUAACCUUGUAGAGCCUGGAAAAGUCCCCACCAUCCCCACAUUGAAUCUGAAAAGAGAAGAUGUUAAACCCCCUUUGACCUUUGUCUCAAAGAUGAGCUCGAGAAAAGAAGGAUCAGCUGACUAUAUAUCCGCCAACAUCACUUCCAUUAGCACAAAUCCCAUCAAGUCGGAGCAGUUCAAGACCAAACAACCCUUUGGAGGAGGAGUCCAUGAUCCCCUGCAGACAUCAGAGACCUCAAAACUCCAGCAGCUAGUGGAGAACAUUGACAAGAAGAUGACGGACCUCAAUGAGUGCAUCAUUUGCCACCGCAUACUUAGUUGCCAGAGCGCCCUCAGGAUGCACUACCGCACCCACACAGGAGAGCGGCCCUUCAGAUGUAAAGUGUGCGGACGGGCGUUCUCUACCAAAGGGAAUCUGAAGACGCACCAUGCAGUUCAUCGUGCCACGCCGCCACUGAGGGUCCAGCACUCCUGCCCCAUCUGCCAGAGGAAGUUCACCAACGCUGUUGUCCUACAGCAGCAUAUUCAUAUGCACAUGGGUGGCCAGAUUCCCAACACCCCUCUCUCUGAACAGAGCUACGCAAAGUCAAUGGAGUCUGGCGGAGGUUCAGUGGAUGAAAGGAAAUUAGAAGAGUUAGAGAACCUUUCUGAUGAUGAUAUGGACUUCAAUGACUGUGGGAUUGCAGGCAUGUCCAGGUUUAUUAACUCCUUAUCUGUCAGCUUGUCUCCUUCUGAUAGUACAGGAGCAGGCUCCUUUGAUGCCCAGAAGAAACUCAACUAUCUUAGGCCAGUGGAGGAGACGCAGGUCAGCUGGUUUAAGACAAAGGGACUGGCUAAAGAGGAUCAACAUGCCUAUGACUCAUCAUCUCUUUGCGGUGACCAAAGUGAUGGGAGACUUGCUGUUUCUGAGAAUACAGCUGCAAAGCACUUUUUUUCCCCAAGCGAGAGUGUUCCAGUAUGUUCUAGCCCCACAAGAUGUGAGGAAAGGUACCAGAAUGCUUUAUCCCAGGCACAUAUCAAUGCAAGCCCUCUGCAAUUCACUGACACUGGCAUGGCAUCUCUUCACCACCUAACAUCUUUAAACCCACUAAAGGAUCCCACUAAUAUGGUCCACACAUUCUGUGAACAACGAGGCACUGCAUGCAAUAUUUGCAGCAAGACCUUUGCCUGCCAAAGUGCCUUGGACAUCCAUUAUCGAAGCCAUACCAAGGAGAGACCCUUCCUUUGCACAGGGUGCAACAGAGGGUUCUCCACUAAGGGGAACCUCAAGCAGCACAUGCUAACCCAUCAGAUGAGGGACCUGCCAUCCCAGUUGUUUGAGCCCUCCAUUCCCAGCCUUGCUUCCAGCCCCAAUUCCUCUGUACAUCCUCUGGCCUCCCAAAUGAUCAAGCCAGAAGUUAACAGUUUCCUGGGUAGCGUCCCCUAUGGGGAACCAAGGGAUCUUCAAGGCAGUUUGAGUUUGAGGAUGUCCUCAGCCUCCUCCUCCCCAGUGCUCGCUGCCCUGCCACCUCGACGAACUCCCAAGCAGCAUUACUGCCACACUUGUGGGAAAACCUUCUCUUCCUCCAGCGCCCUGCAAAUCCACGAGAGGACUCACACUGGGGAGAAGCCGUUCGCGUGCACUGUCUGUGGUCGGGCAUUCACCACCAAAGGAAAUCUGAAGGUCCAUAUGGGAACUCACAUGUGGAGUAGUGCCCCCACCAGACGAGGACGCAGACUGUCUGUGGACGGACCAUUGAUGUUUAUGGGAACCCAUCCUGUGAAACUAUCAGAGCCACUUCAGAGGCCAGACAUUAGGUCCAGUAAUGGAGACUCCUUUAGUCUCUGGAACCACUGUACAGACUCCUUCUCUAAGAAUUUGGCCAUUAAGACCAAUGAUAUCUCAGUCAUCCAGAACGGAGGCGGGCCUUACCUCUCUGGACCAUUGGGACAUGGGGCCAGCUCACCCAAAGGGAGUGUAAAUGUUGGUCUAGACAAAUUUCCCCGUACAGAACACAAUGCUUCUUUGACGCUGCCUGGGGAAAAUGAUACAGAAAGAGCGACUUACUUCCGUUUCACUCAUUUGAUGGAGGAGAGGAAGGAAAUGAUUGCCAAUUAA